AUGGAUCGCAAACGGAAGCAAUAUGAGCUCGUCGCUGACCUCAAGCAGUACGACGAGACGCUCGAGGCUCUUGAAAAUGGCAUCUUUGCCGUCAAUCAUUUGAUGCCCGACUCGGACUUUCGCCGCCGCUCCAGCUCCAGCUCCAGCCCGAAUGUCGACUUGCUCGCCACCCCAUCGCCUCUCCCAUUGAGCGCCUCGAGCAGCACGGGAGCCGUCGAAAAAGAAGCAUUUCUGAAAGACCUUCGCGAGUUCUUCGUCUUGGUUGGCAAACACAGAGAUGCUGUCGCUGCUGAUCUUCACAAGGCCAAGAGCAGCAUGUUGGCUGGUGGCAGUUGGAAGGGCGUUCCUUCGUCGAUCGCCAACUUGCUUACCCUCACAGAGCUUCGCAAAGCAGCUUGGGCGCGCAUCUACGCCAGUGGUCUCGCUACGGGUGAUGCAGCCAUUUCCACCACCCGCGUUCCUUCAUGGAAGCAGUUCGACACGCUCAUGAUCAAACGCCAUCGCUACAUCGCCGUCGACCCAAAGGACAACCGCACCCUCGGCUGGAUCGCCUGCUCCGACCCCCAUCCCCAAAUCAGCAUGUUUUACGACGACGACGACUCGAUCGAAGUAGCAGCCGAAGAUGAGAGACGGUCCAGAUGCGCAGAGCUGCAGGUGAUGGUGGCGGAAGCGGAGAGGGGAAGAGGCGUCGGCAUGUAUCUAGUCAACGCUCUCUUGACAUCUCUCGAGACGGACAGAAGGUUUUCGACCGUACAAGCGAGCUUCUUUCCCGAGAACGUUGGGGCAAGAAAGCUGUUUAUCAAGUGCGGCUUCGAUUCGGUCAGCACGAGAAAGAAUGCCGUCAAGAUGCUCGACGGACCCAGUAAGGGAUCUUGCAGAGACCUCCUGACUGUCGACAUCAAGCUCACGUCCGCAGCGCAACAGAGCCAGCAGGAACCAUCGUCGAGCUCAACAGAGGCUCCAGCAUCCAUCGACACCAUCGAUCCAAACGCCGUGCUCAAGCGGCCUCGACUGCAAUGA